GCGCAGCGGCCGGGAAUGGGGGAGCUGCUGCCGCCGUCGCCGCUGCUGCUGCUGCUGCCGCUCUGCCCGCGCCCCGCGGCUCCGGCGCCGCCUCCUCCUUGCUCGGCCUGAAGCGCGGUCGCACUCGCGGAUCCCGGCGGGGAAGGGGCCAUGGGCCGCCUCCCCGAGGCGCGGUGGCUGUGAGGCGGCCGGCGCUCGCUCGGGGAGCCGGGGGCAGAGGCUGCCGGCGGCCGGCCAGGCUGCGCCGGGGAGGGGAGUGCCGCUCGCCGGCAGCACCUCGGUGCCGGCGACUUGGGGGUGCCGCUGCCCGCCCGCCCGGCCGCGGCGGUGGAUGGAUGCGCCAUGGCCACGCUGGUGUGCCGGGUGCAGCUGCUGGAUGACACCGACCCCUUCAACAGCACCAACUUCCCCGAGCCCACCCGGCCGCCGCUGUACACCUUCCGGGAGGACAUCCCGCUCGCCACCCAGCUGGCCGGGGUGCACCGCCUCCUCCGCGCCCCGCAGAAGCUUGAUGACUGCACCCUGCAAUUGUCUCAUAAUGGUACCUAUCUGGAUCUAGAAUCCACCCUAGCAGAGCAAAGAGAUGAACUAGAAGGCUUCCAGGAGGAUGCUGGGAGAGGCAAGAAGCACAGCAUAAUUCUGAGGACCCAGUUGUCAGUGAGAGUCCAUGCCUGCAUUGAAAAACUUUACAAUUCCAGUGGACGGGAACUGAGACGGGCACUUUUUUCCUUGAAACAAAUAUUUCAGGAUGACAAGGACUUGGUUCAUGAGUUUGUUGUUGCUGAAGGUCUGACUUGCUUAAUCAAAGUGGGAGCAGAAGCUGACCAGAAUUAUCAGAAUUACAUCCUGAGAGCUUUGGGCCAGAUAAUGCUUUAUGUCGAUGGCAUGAAUGGAGUGAUAAAUCAUAAUGAAACCAUCCAAUGGCUGUACACACUUAUUGGCUCAAAGUUUCGCCUGGUGGUAAAGACAGCACUGAAGCUGCUGCUGGUGUUUGUGGAGUACACAGAAUCCAACGCACCGCUUUUGAUCCAGGCAGUAUCGACCGUGGAUGAAAAGAGAGGAGCCAAGCCAUGGUCCAACAUCAUGGAGAUACUGGAGGAGAAGGAUGGGGUUGAUACGGAACUACUGGUUUAUGCAAUGACCUUGGUUAACAAGACGCUGUCAGGAUUGCCAGAUCAAGACUCUUUCUACGAUGUGGUGGACUGUCUGGAAGAGCUAGGCAUUGAAGCUAUUUCACAGAGACACUUGAACAAGAAAGGAACAGACUUGGACUUAGUUGAGCAAUUUAACAUUUAUGAGGUGACACUGAGGCAUGAAGAUGGAGAUGAGAGUGCUGAGCCCCCUCCCAGCGGGCGCAAGGAUCGGAGGAGGGCCAGCCUUGGUGCUGGGGAGCGCAGGGGGCUGGAGCGCCGGCGGAGCCGCAGGCACUCGGCACAGAAUGUCAAGAGUACUUUAUCAGCCCCUGCCAGCCCCUGCGGGCAGUCCAGCUUCGUGCUGAGCCACGGGCAGCGCGUGGAAGAGCUCAGUGAGAGUGGGCUGACAGCUGAGAGCCCCACAGUCUUACAGGCUGAUGACAAGAAUGAGAGUGCAUUUGAGGCUGAGUUUAAAGCAUCUUCAGUAGAAGAGGACGAGUAUGAAGAGGAAGAAGAAGAACAGCCAGUCACAGAGCCCAAUACUGAGGAUGAGGGGGAGGAAGAGGCCGAUAGGCAGGUCAAAGCCAGUGAGGUUCCAGAUGUGCAUGAGACUGUGAAGGAAAGCUUUUCACAGUGUUCUGACUCUUCAGCUGUCUCCAGUGCCAUUUCUCCAGUUGAGAGGCCUCUCACCUGCUCUAGAGCAAAGAGCUUUUCUAGCAACUCCUCUUCUGUGCCUGACUCAUCUGUCUCUCAUCAUAAUUCUGUCCUUUCAUCACCGUCUUCACCUGCAACAGCAUUGCUGAGCUCUCCCCAAAAUUCCUCAGCAUCCAUUACUCCAAAGGCAUCUCCAACAGUGGAGAAAUUACCUUAUGUACCACACACUCCUUUUCAUCUCUUCUCAUAUGACUUUGAAGACUCUCCAGCAUCUGUGAAAGAGAAGGAAGCAGAAAUGAUGAGGGAAAACAGAUACAAUAGCUAUGGCAGCAGCUCUUACUCUUCUCCACGACCUUACGCUGGUGUGAGUGCCCCUACAACACCCACUACUCGUUAUGGGACAACUCUGUCACCACCUCAGGAGACCAAAUCUGACAGGCCAGCUUUGGGUGGUCUCCUUACAUCAUCUUUUCGGCAGCACCAGGAGUCCUUGGCAGCAGAAAGAGAAAGACGGCGUCAGGAGAGAGAAGAAAGGUUGCAAAGGAUAGAACGUGAAGAAAGAAACAAAUUCAACCGUGAUUAUUUAGACAAAAGAGAAGAACUAAGACAAGCAAGAGAAGAGAGAUACAAAUACUUGGAGAAGUUGGCAGCAGAGGAGUAUGAGAAGGAGCUGAAGAGUCGGAGUGUCAGCCGAGGCAGAAGUGAGCUGUCCUUGAACCUGAGAUCUCCUUCAGCUCCAUCCUCACCUGUACCCAAGUGCGUCAGCCCAGCAUCCAUAGAGUCCCAGGAAGAGCUGAAGACCCCUUCCAUCCCAUGUGGAACUCCUCAGCCCUCAGAAGUGAGUGCCAGUGAACCCGAACCAGAGACAGAGACAGAACCAGAACCAGAGCAGGAGGCUGAGGCUGAGGCCAAGCAGGGAACGGAGACACCCAAGGAAAUAGAGGCUGCAGAGGUGGGACCAGAGAGUGAGGUGGAGCAAGGACCAGAGAGAGAGCCAGAAGAAAGUGCAAUACUCAGUGAAAAGGAGAGGCAGAAUGAGGAAGUGAAUGAAAAAGACAACUGUUCUGCAUCCAGUAUAUCCUCAGCAAGCAGCACUUUAGAGAGGGAAGAGAGAGAGGACAAGUUAACCAGUGACAAUGAAACUGGUCCAUGGUCACAGACCAUUCAGGAUGCUGGUGUGAAUGAGCAGUGCAGCAACAUCCUCAACAACAAGCGGUUUAUGCUGGACAUGUUGUAUGCGCAUAACAAAAAGCCCAAAGAUGAAGAGGAGAAGGAGCUGGAGGCGAAGGAGGAAAAGAAGGAGACGGAGGAAAGCGAGGAGUCACUCACUAGCCUAGCCAGCAGGAUCUCUAUUCUUCAGGCCACAAAGCAGGCCAAAGAUGAAAGUGUCAAAAAGAUGGAGAUCGGAAAUCUGGACAACCAAGGCAGUGUGAAAGCCUUUGCAGAAAAAUUUAACAGUGGUGAGCUGGCUAAAGGGACAGCAGUGGCUGAAGAUGAAAUCAGUGAACAGGUCCCUGAGAAAACACCAGCACAGACGAAGAAGGAAUCUGAUUACAUCUGGGAUCAGCUCAUGGCUAAUCCUCGAGAACUUAAAAUUAAGGACAUGGAUUUUACAGACUUGGGGGAGGAGGAUGAUGUAGAUGUGUUGGACAUGGAUAUGGGUCCUGGGGACUCCCUUGCUCCCCCUCCUCCACCUCCACCUUCUUUUCUGGGUUUGCCUCCUCCACCACCUCCCCCCUUGUUUGGAUGUCCGCCUCCACCACCGCCCUCUGCUAAUUUAUUGGCUCCUCCUCCACUGUUCAGCACUCCUCAGGGUUUAGGGUCACCCCAGGUUUCUAGGGGUCAGCCAGCAUUUAUAAAGAAGAAGAAAACCAUCCGUCUGUUUUGGAAUGAGGUACGGCCAUUUGAGUGGCAGUGUAAAAACAACAAACGCUGCAGAGAAUUCCUGUGGUCGAAACUGGAACCCAUUAAGGUAGACACUUCCAAACUGGAGCAUCUCUUUGAGUCUAAAUCCAAAGAACUGCCUGUCACAAAGAAAACUGCUGCAGAUGGGAAGCGACAGGAGAUCAUUGUGUUGGACUCAAAGCGAAGCAACGCCAUUAAUAUUGGCUUGACUGUGCUGCCCCCUCCCCGCACCAUCAAGACUGCUAUUUUGAACUUUGAUGAAUAUGCCUUAAACAAGGAAGGAAUAGAGAAAAUCCUGACCAUGAUCCCUACCGAGGAGGAAAAGCAGAAGAUCCAGGAGGCACAGCUGGCGAAUCCCGAUGUCCCUCUGGGCAGCGCUGAGCAGUUCCUUCUCACCCUCUCCUCCAUCAGCGAACUCUCUGCCAGGCUCCAGCUCUGGGCUUUCAAGAUGGACUAUGAGAUAGUGGAAAAGGAAGUUGCAGAACCGCUGCUAGACCUGAAGGAGGGAAUGGACCAACUGGAGCACAACAAAACUUUGGGAUUUAUCCUUUCUACUCUGCUAGCCAUUGGGAACUUUCUGAAUGGAACCAAUGCCAAAGCUUUUGAGUUGAGCUACCUCGAGAAGGUUCCAGAAGUCAAGGACACAGUGCACAAACAGUCCCUCCUGCACCAUGUCUGCACUAUGGUGGUAGAAAAGUUCCCAGACAGCACUGAUCUUUAUUCAGAGAUCGGGGCCAUCACUAGGUCAGCCAAGGUUGACUUUGAACAACUCCAGGAAAACUUGUGUCAGAUGGAAAGACGGUGCAAAGCAUCAUGGGAUCACCUUAAGGCUAUAGCAAAGCAUGAAAUGAAGCCAAGUCUAAAGCAAAAAAUGUCUGAGUUCCUUAAAGACUGUGCAGAACGAAUCAUAAUCCUGAAGAUUGUUCAUAGAAGAAUAAUUAACAGGUUUCACUCAUUUUUGUUAUUUAUGGGCCAUCCUCCCUACGCGAUACGUGAAGUCAACAUCAAUAAGUUCUGCAAGAUUAUUAGUGAAUUUGCUCUGGAAUACCGCACCACCAGGGAACGAGUUCUGCAGCAAAAACAGAAACGAGCUAACCACAGGGAAAGAAACAAGACCAGAGGGAAGAUGAUAACAGAUUGGCAGACCGAUGAAGAAGAGGAUGUUGAGUCUGGCAAGUUCUCCAGCAGCUCCCCGCCCUGCCAGAGCCAGCCCCAGGGCCUGCAGUACGCCGAGGAUGCUGCUGAGCACGAGAACAUGAAGGCUGUGCUGAAGACCUGCUCCGUGGGGGGGGACAGCACCAUGGCACUCGGCGUCCGCACUCGGAGCCGGGCCAGCCGAGGCCGUAUCGGUUCAUGGAAUGCUGGCAACGAUGAUUCACCGAACGCAACAGAUGACGCCGCGGAUGAGAUCAUGGAUCGCAUCGUCAAAUCCGCCACCCAAGUGCCAAGCCAGCGAGCGGUGCCUAGAGAGAGGAAGAGGUCGCGAGCAAAUAGGAAGUCAUUGAGAAGGACACUAAAGAGUGGGCUAACACCAGAAGAAGCCAAAGCACUGGGCCUCAUCAGCACUUCUGAGAUGCAGGUUUGACAUCCCAGAGGUGGCCACAAGAAGAGCCGUUCAUCUGAAGCACACAGGCUGGCAGCCUUCAGCGUGGCAUUGAACUGCCAGCCUCCUCUGCUGCUCCCAACAUCCCAUCCUCUGUUAGUUCAAUUUUAACAAGCAACAAAAAGCAAAACCCCACAUCCAGGGCAGAAGAAGGGUGUGCCACAGCUCAGCAUGGUGUCCAGAUGGUAACUGAGGAAGCAUUUGUGUUCCUAAGUGAAAGCACAUGGCUUCUUCUUCUCAUGGUGUGUUGAUGUGGGUAGGAGGGGGCUCUCUAAGUUAUCUGUCAUUAUAUGAGCUGUGUUUACGUUGGCUUUCCUUGUGCCCUGUUUUAGUCAUUGUAAAUGUAUGGCGUUUUGUCAAUGCAAGGAACAGUCCUUAAAGAGGCAAAAUAACUCCUGUUACAGCAACCCAAAUUUUCCUCAAGUAGAUUCAUUAAGCAAAGAUGCACGGUCUGUGCAACCCUGUGGUUUGUUGGGUAUUUUAUUAUUUUGCCUCCAAAGAAUGUAAAAAUGUGUGUGUACCUUUGUAUAUGUACAGAAUGAAUGUGUGGACAUGUGUGCAUGUAUCUGUACAUAUGCAGUCAUGGUGCGAAAUCAUGCUUUUGCUGAAGCCAGCUGGACCAUGAUUUUCACUGUGGAGCCUUACUGUUCCACCUGGACAGGAGGAAAAGAAUGUCUUGUUUGCAGGAACUCAGUGUUGUUCAGUGUGAUUCACCCUGUGGGGCAGGCCAUGGCCUGCAGUACAAGUGGAGAGUUUGGUAUCCUGAUUUCAUGUGCGUUAAUGCACACCCAUACUGUACAUAGCAGCAUGCACAUAGAGGAGAGAACACAAUUCCCCCCUCUUGUUGAGCUGUGGUUGUACUCUGCAUUUGUACAGUUUCAGAGAGAUCUACGUCAACAAUUUUACAUACUCUAUAAAUGCAUUUGGAUGCUAAGAUCAAGAAGUUUUGUUCACUUGCCUGUGCCCUUCAUGCUGCUUUUCUCUGCUGCAAGAUAAUGUGGUGGUGAUUUUAUUUCAAUUUAAUGAAUCUGAAUAUGAAAUAGCCCUGCUAAAAAGCCUGCUGUGUUUUUGCUGUUCUUUACUGGUUUUUUGUGAUUAUCCUUGAUACCAUUGGAGUGGGUACCACAGUAAACAACUCCAAUAUAUUUGCCCUUAUCUCACAGUUUUAUAACUGACUUUUAUAACUGCCCUCAGCAUGUUUGAAGAACCUUUAGUCAACUCAUCUGCCUUUAAGUGGAGGACAUUUACAGCAGUGAAGAUGAAUUGAACAGUCACCCCAGCCAGUGCUGAAGUAUUUUAAAGAGAACUGCAAACAACAAUAACAUAAAGGGAACUUUUUAAGCCAAAGUCUGUAUAUGUCCAAUAGAUCCUCAAUGAUGCACACGAUUGUGUCUUUCCAUUGCCUUAGCCUCUAAGAUUAAGGGUAUGUUUGCGCAGCAGUAGCAACUGAGACUUUCUUCAAGCUGGUUAACUGAGGAACUGCAGCAGUUUAGUCGUGGUAACAUGGUAACAUUUUGGCUGCAAAACACACUUGGAAAAUAGAGUUAAAUAAUAGUCUAUGCUGGGGUCCUAAUGCCAUAGCGAUGUUGCUUCUGGCACCCAGGCUUGGUCAGGUACUUCAAGUUAUUCUACUCUGCUCUCUUUAAGGACAGGAUAAUCACUGGAGAUUGUUCAAGAGAGCUGAACCAAACACAAUGAACCUCUGAAACCAUGGUCAUUCAUCACAUUUCAUUGAGCACAGCAUCCAAGUGAUGACAGAGCCAGGUAGCUGGCAACACUGCAGGGAGACCUGUGGCUGAACAUCCUACCUAUGCUGCCCACCCUCUUGAUUGUAACAUUUCAUUUUUUAUCUGCCCAUGACUUGAAUCUCCCAUGGAAUCAAAAGUCACUAAUGAGAAAUGGUUCUUAAGAACAGCAUUGAGUUUGAUGUGGUUUUCCCCUCAAUUUGUUAAAAAGCAAAUUUUACAAGUAGACAGAAGGCAGUAGUUGGGUAACCAAUACAAUAUGUUGUGUAUUUGAAGGCUGUGGAAAGGAAGAAGCUGGUUAGGAAACAGAAGUGGCAUAUAAUUAAUUUCACUGUAAAAUAGGCAAGACCUAUAAGCAUCUGGAUUUUAAAGUGGAUCUUUAUGUGCUGCUCACUGCCAUGUAGUUUUAAAAUCUUGCUUAAGGAUGCUUAGAACAAAGAACUGAAGGUAAUGGGGGUUCGUGGAGGUGUUUGAAGUCUGAAACAAGAGGAAGACACCCUGAAUGUAAAUGGUCAUGUUGAACUGUGCUACUUGCUAAGUGAUAAAAAAAGCAAAACACAACAAAGUACAUUUAUGCUGUCAGAGAUCCUAUAUUUGAUUGGAGGGAGAAAAUCAAACAAGUCUUUGAAAAUUAAUAUUUUAAUUAAAAUAUGCUGAAUGUGCAAAAUUGGUGACCACUUGGCUGUUGGUGGCCACUUUCUAACAGGGAACAAAUUUGUGUUUCAUUUAAGCAUAGUACAGUGUCUGUCUCUGAAACACACCAUAGCUGGUGAAUUACUAAUAGUUGGGCAGAUGUAUUUUCCAAAUUGUGCAAAAAUUGUGCAAAACUUUAUAUGCUCUGUAUCAAGGAGAACAUUAAAUAUGGGGAAUAGUAUAGGUUGGGAUAGGUUCAGGAGGAAAAAAGAAAGGUGGUUUCUUUGAGAUUCUCUGGAUGUAUCUUAUAUGUGAGGCAGAUUCUUUCGUUUCUGUUCUUCCAUGGCAUUUGUUUUUCUGUUUGUGCUCUCUAUCUGUAAAACUGAUAGCAACUUUUCUGAGGAAUAACUUGGUCUUGUUUAUGCACCAGUAUACAGUCAGAUAAAUUCCACUGUCCUCACCAUUUAUUGCAACAAGAUCAUCAGACACAGUGUAGCACAGUAACUACAGGUGAGAUUUCCAUUUUGGUUCCUGAUAAAAAAAGACCGACUAAUCUGUAAGGGGGCAGUAUUUCCUCCAGAGUGCCCUAACUGUGGGAAUAACAUUUGUUCCGCUUCAUCUAGCUACUGGAUUCCAGAUGAAGUGGAGGAAUUCAUUAUAUCUGUAUGCCUCUCUCUGUCUAGUGAGAUUAUAACCUUCAGGUUUUGAGCUGCUGCCUGCCCUUCCAUCACUGGAAGAGCCCACCAUAAGGAUGUAAUACUUGUUUUAAGACAAGUUUUGUGUGAGAUAUGGAUUGGUUCCUGACAAAUAUAAAAAUCUUGAAUACACAAUGUAAUAACACGUUCCCAUUUCUCACUCAGAGAUCCAUGAAGGCUGUUUUUAAACACUUCCAGCCAUAAUAACUACCUCUCUUCCCUUUCCGAUAGAUACAGUCAGCUGCAGAUGCAGUGCCCAGAGCACUGUGUCUGCUUGACUGCCACCAUAAUGCCUUCCUGAUCUGGAUGCUGAGAUAAGCUUUAGCACAUGAAAUAACCUCCAAAGGGAAGCUAUCCUAAUUUUCUUUCAUCUCACUUGAUGUUUAAAAGCAGACUGCAUGCAAAUACUUUCUAUAAUCUCACUCCCAAGUGGAGAUAAUGCUCAGUAGCAGUUGCGGUGAAGAAACCCCCAGGGAAUGCUUGUGUGCCACGCUCGAGAGUAAAAGAUCCCUCGCAAAAGUUAAAUUCAUCACUCUUCACUUUUCAGUCAGGCCAGGCACCAGGCUCAUGGAUUCCAGAUGUUUUAUAGCCCCUUGGCUGCUAUGUAUGACCUUUCUGUUUGAUAGCUCCUUGUCCAUAAUCCAAAAUCAACAAAAAAAAAAAAGGUGGUUUAAUGAGGGUCUUUCUUUCUCCUUUCAAUACUGGAAGCAGCUUCAAACAUGGUUUCAAAAAUACAUGUCUUUUUCUCUUUUUUCUUUCUCACCCCUUUUUAGUGAAUCCUUGCUGUGGUUGAUUCUGUCAGCAAAAUAACACAUCAGUUUUGUAGACAGACAAGACUUUAGCUUUAGCAUAAUAGAUACUUACAUGUGAAUAUCAAGGUAUGAGUUAUUAUCCCAAUUUAACAGAAAUUUUGAGCCAGUCAUGAUGUGAGUGAACAGCAAGGGCCUCCUGUAAAGUUCUGCAGGACAGCACCUUAAAUCCCUGGAGUUCUGUGUUCUAAAUGUAUCCUGGCCAACACUAAAAGCUAUUAAGAAAUUACAUUUGAGGACUUCAAAAACCACCACAACCCCCAGGGGCACAAUGCCAUUGUAGUUGCAGCAAAUGGUUCCUUUUGUCAGGCAUCUGCCCUGCAGCAGUCUCCCGGGGAUGUAACCACAGCAAGUGGCUGUCCAAAAUGUGUGGCUGAUGGCAGUAGUCUGUGUUCACAUUCUCUGUGCAGCUGUGGCUAUUGCAAUGCUUUGAUUUCACAGAGAUGAAAUGGGAACAAGGUACCAGCCCACCAGUUUCACAUCCUUCAUCCUUCAUCCUUCCACUGCAGCUCAUGGACAGGCACAUGCACUGCCUGCCUCUAUCCGAAGGAUGCAUGGGGGCAGGGUGUUAGGCAGAAGCAGGAGCAUAUUCCUCUCUCCUUUUCACUCCUGUAGCUCACUGCACAUGGUCCAAUCCUCCCGUUACCUUCAAGGCAGGCUCAGUGUGCACUGUGGGCAGCCUGACCCUGGGACACAGUUGGAUGGUGGCUCUGUGCUUGCAGCACCAGGAUGCAAGAAAUACUUGUUUAAGCUGGAAGGGAUACAAAUGUUGAUGUUCCUCUGGAGGAAAAAUUGCCGGGUACUUACAGGCUCUGAAAGAAAAUAAACUGAAGUGGUUUUGAAUCAGAAAAUGUUUGGUUGUAGGCAACCUGUUGAAAACCAUUCACAAAACCAUUCACAUUUGAACAGCAUUUAAGGCCCACCUUCCUUUGCUUCAACUGGGGCAGCAACUGGCUCAAUUGGCAUUUCAGAUGUGACCCCAAGAAGUUUUUGGCAAGCAGUUCAAUAGUAACAUAGCAAGGAGUUUCAGAGAUGUAUAGUUUGAUCUUUAUGCCAAAAAAAAAAAAAAAUUCUAAUUAGCCCCAUUCACAUUGAGUGGCAGAUAGAGAUAUAUUUUGUUUAAUCACUAUCUAAUACAGAGGCUUCUGUGAAAGAAGAGGUUUAUUUGUAGCAUUGGAUACAUUUCUCCUUUUUAAAGACUGUCUUUGCGCAUAUAGUGUCCUUUUUUGUGAGCUGGGAAUUGUAAAAAAAAUGUAAAGUAGAAGAGGACGUGUUUCUUAGACGAAGGAGAAAUACUGUAAAAUUGUGUAAAUGUCACUACUCAUGUUUUUCCAUGUUCUGUGUAGCAUAGUGUAAAAUAGGCUCUCCAGCAGUGUUAUUCUGUGAAUUGUAAUUUAAAAAACAAGCCAUGCAUGGUCAGAGAUAUUAUCUACAGGUCCUUUAGGUUGAGUUUUUGGUUUUGUUUGUUAUUUUCUCAUUUUAGGUGAAUUCAUUCUAUGUUAAAUUCAAUUGUCCAUGAAAAUGCAUUUUUGUUUCUGUUCUAUUUUAUAAAGAACUUGAAUUACUCUUUUAAGAUUUUAUUACACACCAAGCUCACCUACCAUUUGUGUUGAUCCUUCAGAAGCUGUGUCACAUUUAGUGUAAACUACGGGGGAUUUUAUUUUUAUCUCCUCUUCUCCCCCCACUCUUCCCACUUUACUGUCUGGAAAGAUCCAAUCACACCCUAUUUUUUUUUUUUCUGUGCCAUGCAGGGUCAAUAUGGAAAACUGACCGCAGACCAGUGUCCAAAAGUUCUUGAUAUAAGUAGUUAAAAAGCUCACCUCUACAGCGUUAUGUAAACACAUCUUGCAAUAAAGCUUUAUAAAGCA